AUGAACCGUUCUGCGUAUAAAGCCGGAGGCAUCAAGCUCAUGAUACCCCUGGCUAUGUGGGCUCCUGGUAGGAGGGGGGCCUUCCGAGUUGAGAAUGGCCCGACCUUGAGCUUCUCCUACUUGUUACCCAUCCUUUCUACCAAGCCCUUGUUGAUUGCCUCUUCAAGUUCUCCUCCUACACUAUUCUACAACACAAGUAAAGAAUCUGACAACUAUCGCAAAGCCUUUUCCUCCUGGUGGAUUUGCGCGCACGUAUUCAUCAAUCAUGGGCUGGUUCAGCUGUUGGCCUGGAAGAGCCAGGUUGCUGCCGACAAUAACAAUGGGGCAUGCAUCAAGGGUGAUGAUUUCGACAAGUUUGUUGUCGUUAACAACGUUACUAAGAUCUGCCCCUGCGGCAACUGUGGCACUGGUUUCGGCCCAAGUACCUCAUCUGAGAUGCUUGCCACAAACAUCUUUACUCUGGAAGAGAGCGAGACUUCUUCCAUUCUCUAUCAGACUUCCACCGCUCUGGUUGGUUCCCCAACCCCAACCCCAACUCCUCUAGACACAUCGACCGGCCGGUGUAGUCAAGUCGCUGGCGAAUCGGAUACCUUCCCUGCUGUUGACACGACCCACCCUGGCUUGGACCCUGAGCCGACGACUUCUCUUGGUCAUGCUGGGUCUCCGACCACUCUCACCGUCACGGAAUACAAGACCGUUAGCAGCACCCUCGUCAUCACUGCUGGGGUCGACACCACCACAUCAGAGCCUUCAUAUUCUCUGUCUGAAUCAGCUCCCUGUGUUGUCGAUGAGUCGGAGAGUGGUCUUUCCAGCGCCAACCCGGUCCCUACUCACAAUGAUCAGAUCCCGAUUCCCGAUGACGAGACGGCUGGUGAUGCUUCUCAGACCACCACCACCCUGAUCGUCACGGAGACAGUCAUCACGACUGAGAUUAUUCAGAGCUCUACACCAGUCAGUGAAGAUGGGGCACCCACCAUCUCCACGUCAGCGAUUGACCAAAAGGAUACUGCGACUGUUCCUCUCGUCGACGUCGUCGUGACUGUUACAGUUACAUCACAUCCGUCAGGAGAGCCUGCAGGCACAUCAUCUCUCCUAAGCGAUGAUGACGCUAGUGAGGCACAUGGACCAGUCGACACCUCUUCCUCGGGGAGAGACUCGGCCACCUCCGACGCUUCGCGAACUGGCCCUGUUGAGACUGUUACGAUCAUUCAAAGCCAAGUCUCUUCAGUUGACUCCUCGGUUGACCCGACGGACAUCACCUCGAGCACUGAGACAGCUACUUCAGCCAUUCAAAGCCACGUUUCCUCACUCGAGAGCUCCGUUGAUGGGACGACUAUUAUCUCGGCCAUUGCGACUUCUGCAACGAUGAGUGAGGGUGUCUCAUCCUCCGUCUCCCACCCUCUCUCUUCCUCAAUCCUAUCCAGUGAUGAGGCGGGUCUCAACUCGGGCAUCGAAACUGUCACCUCGAUCAUUCAGGGUGACGGCUCCCCUCACGCCUCUUCCGCCAGUUCCAGCCUCUUUACCUCCUCUGGAGAGACAGGCAGUGGCAGCGGUGUCGGGCCUACUGAGAUUCCUGCUUCGAGUAGCCACAUUACCACCUCGACAAUCGAUGAACCAGCCAGUUCCGAGGUCGAUACUAGAAGCAUGGCCUCACAGACUCUGACGUCGACUAUCUACACUAGUUCCUCUCCUGCUCUCAGCAGCUCGAGCACGAGCCUUGUGUCUAGCACUGUUUCACUUGCUGAGUCUGCUGGCUCGAGUAUCACCAGCAGCGCUUCGUCCCAUCUUCAAAGCGAAACGUCCAUAGCCAAGACGGCCACAUCGCUCAUUGGCACGGACACUUCCGUCCUCAGUUCAGGCAGCACGACUGACCAGCCAACAACCUCGAGUGCGGCCACUGGCCUGACAUCCCUGACCAGUGGCACCUCGAGCAUCCAAGUUAGCUCCUCCUCCUCCUCCCUUGAUGGGAGUUCUUCAGGCAUUGAGACGAGCUCCUCCCGACUCAAUGACCAGGAUUCGCAUGAAAGCAUUGUCUCGACGUCCACCGGCCCAAGCACUACCUCGAGCCUGGGUACCGAUGGCUCCAGCGUGGCCAGCUCCGAGUCUACUGUCGAGACUGCAUCCGCAUCGGAAACCGUCGUUGUCGAGAGCAUCUCAUCCAGCAUCCCAGCCUCCGAGUCUACGGUCCAGGAGACGUCUUCAUCGCGGGUCAUCGAUACUGAGAGCAGCAGCUUAUCCAGCACUCCAACUUCUUCUGAGCUCUCAGUGACUGCAUCGUCCUCCGCUACGGGCAGCUCUCCCUCUGAGACAUCAAACUCGAGCCUAGCUACCGAUACCACGAUCGCCAGUGUGGUCAACUCCUCUUCUGCUGCUCGGGUCGCCUCAUCUUCUGAGGCCAUCGCCACCGAGACUAGCCCAUCUAGCACUCCAAUUCCGUCCAAAUCCUCAGUGACUGCGUCGUCGCCCUCUAGUGGCAGCUCGGCCCCUGCAACAUCGGACUCGAGCCUAGACACCGAUACCUCCAGCACGGUUAACACCGAGUCGACUGCUCAGACCCCGUCCUCCUCAUCGGAAGCCGCCGAUACUGAGAGCGUCUCAUCCAGCAUCUCCUCGUCUAGGUCCCAAGCGACUACGGCAACGUCUGCGAGCGACAGGUCGCCCUCUGAGACAUCGCGUCCCGCAUCUCAGCAGUCUUCCGAGUCGUCGCCACCUGCGUCUGCAGCUGCCUCCGGCAGCCUUCCUCCCCAGACAUCGACGUCCUCUUCUUCUCAACCCACUUCCUCCCAGUCUUCGCCAGAGCAAGGGGAAACCGCCUCUAAGCAGAGUGCACCUGGUUCUCCCAGCUCGGCUGUUUCGUCUGCCGCUUCUUCACCCUCUUCUGCUGCUCAACGUCCGUCUUCGACCACCAAAGCCUCCAACGACAAGGAAGAGGAUGAAGAUGACGACAAGGAAGAGAGCAAGGAUGACGACGAUGAGGAAGAGAGCAAGGAUGAUGAAGAAGACAAUGACGACGACGACGACGACGACGAUGAUGGCGGCGGCGGCGGCGGGGGAAACCUACCGGACAGCAACCUCCCAAUUGGAGGAGGAGGAGGCGGCAGCGGCGGCGGCGGCGGGGGAAAUCUACCGGACGGCAAGCUCCCAAUUGGAGGAGGAGGAGGCGGCGGCGGCGGCGGGGGAAAUCUACCGGACGGCAACCUCCCAAUUGGAGGAGGAGGAGGCGGCAGCGGCGGUGGUGGCGGCGGUGGCGGCGGUGGAAACAACAACAAACCUGAUCCAGAAGAUCCAGAGAAGGAUAAGGACGACGACCUCACCACCACUCAAACCACUACGACCACCGACACGUCUACUUCUACUUCCGCAUCUACCUCGGCCUCCGUCUCGACUUCAGCCUCUCUUUCGUCUAUUUCCACCUCGUCGGCCUCGGAAUCAUCGUGUACCGUCAGUUACACGAUCGCUCCCCAUUGCUCCCAGGUUUGCGACGUAGCACCUGUGACUGUCUCAGGGGUUGCCCACUCCACAAGUCGUACCACCACGUGCUACCAGGCCGCAUGUGAGACUACGGUUCUCUGCAGCACUGUCGAGACUACAACGACCACUUCGUUCUCAUCAUCCACUCCAGAGCCAACCCCGGUUUGCGAGCCUGGCCUAUGCAGUUUCCCGGGUGGUGCCUGCAUACGAGAAGAUGGUACCCCGAGCGACGGCAACGACGGUAGCGAGAAGCGCCGCAAUGUGGUCCAACGUCGCGGCGUGGGCGAUGGAGACGCCAUCCUCACAGAAGAACUGUCUCUUCCAACCAACUGGCAGCCCGGCGAGCCGGACUGGUGGAAGAAGAUGUGGCGAGUCGUCAUUGACUACGGUGCCGGGGACGGUACUGAUUUCUGGGUCGCCGACGAUGCCUGGCAACGGGUGCCUGGCGCGUCGUCCAGCAAGUGGAUCGCCUUUGACGAACCUUUCCGAUUUCACGGGAGUGUCCAUGUCCCUGGUCUGGGAGGAGGCUCUGGGCCCGUCUGGGGCUGCACGAUGAUGAUUGUUGCCUCGAAACACGGCGUCUACACCAACCACAUCUGGCAGGUCCCCAACUUCAUCAAGGGAAAUAACCCGGCGCGCUACCCCUGGGCACAGGAGACAUAUUUCGAGGAGCGCGUCACCAACUUCCUCCGAGAAGGCAGUCACGGCGCGAAUCCGAACACGGAGUUUUACCCGCCACUCUUCACCCAUACUCAGCCUGGAGGUGAUCUCGACCCUCGAUCCCCAGACUUCUUUGGCGUUUGGAUUGUGACGUCCGCGGAUCGGGAUUUGGAAUCUGUCAUGGUAACACCCCGGUCCAUCUACCAGAUUCAAACCCAACUCCGGGACCAGGGCAUUCCUGACUCGAAAAUCCACCUCAAACUGUACCAAAUGGACGUUCAGGUCCGAGAGGACUGGAGGGAGUAUGAAGGUGAAAGGGACGACUUGGGCGGCGACUUUGAGGGCAAUUCCAGGUGGUGGUCAGGUCUUCUGUCCUGGCAGUAUGCCCCCGGCAGACCCGGCCGUGCCCGAGAGCUGGUUAUCAGGUUCGAGACUGAAGAGCUUCUUCGAGAAACAUGGUGUGACACGGCUCGAGAUGACGACGAGACGGGACUUGUCCGUCGGCAGGAUGCAGAUGAGAACCACACCGAAGGGGAGGAGGAGUGGCCCUUGGUCCCCGCAGAAGACGGCGCUUGUCGUACCAUGAAAUGCUCUCCCCGACGCUGCACAGACUGCCAGACGGCCAACCUGGCGGCCAGGCAGAUUGACGGCCAAAGCAUGGAAGAAGUGAAGGACAUCCUGGGGAACAAGCCUACUUCUCCGGCGACCUACAAGGGGGGUGAGAGGUCUGCCGAGUGGUGGUUCAAGACAUACAUGCUCGCCCGAGAGAACGGACCUUUGGUCGACUACGCCACCGACAGCGACGAGCACACAACAAGUCGCCUUCAUCUGUUUGCGACUGGCGAUGAUGACGGAGCGGAAAUUCAAAUUCCCAUGGGGAGCGGCGUUGGCCCGAUUCGUGGCUGCACAUCUGUCAUUGCUGCCUCCCCCAAGGGCGUCUGGGAAUCUCACAUCUGGCAAGUUCCGUCCUUCGACACUGAAGAUGAAGACGACUACCCCGAGGAUCCUGAAUCUUACUUCCAGCGAGAUGUCAUCGAAUUCCUCAGACAGGGACAUGGGGAUGGAAAGCAACCGGGUCUCCUCCCACACACUCGAGAACGUGGUGAUCCGUUUCAUGCGGCAUCUCUCGCCUGGUUGCGAGUCUGGAUCAUCGCACCGGGAGGUCGCUUCAACGUUGGCAAGCUCAGAUACGAAGAUGGCAUCUCGACGUUGUACAAGCUGCUGGUUGAAGAAUGCGAAUUCCCUGCCAGCACAAUCACCAUCGUGCCUUACCCCCCCGAUGCAACGAACCUCGAGGAGGAGAUAUCCGAGGUGCUGGACAACGAGUCCACUUCUCUGGAGACGAAAAUGAACGACUUCAAUCAACUGAUGAGAACGCGUUCCUUUGCCCCUUACCAAGGUCUCGCGUCGUGGCAGUUUGGGCCUGGAUUCCCGGACGAUGACAGCCAAGAGGAUUCCGAAGUUCAGUUGGCCGAAACGAGCGGCGUAGUCAUCCUUCAGCCCCAUACCACCGCGGCGGCGGCUCCGACAUCUGCAACGACACAGACGGCUUCGUCUUCUCCUCCCGCCCAGACAUCACAGGCUCCCGUUCGCGUCCCUCCUCGGGCUAGGGAGUUUGUCCUCCUCUGGGAAAAGAGGGUUCUGUUCAGUCACUCGUGGUGCGGAAACGGCGAGCGUUCUCGAGGGUCACGAACUCACGCGGGCGGAGAGCUCCAGCACGGCCAGAGUUGCUCUGUUCCUGCAGCACCUGAGAUCGUACCUCGAUGUGGUGAAUGCGACGAGUGCAUCGAAGAUGUACGCGCCAUCAGCACAAUCAAGGCGCGGCAGGAUGAGAACAUGAAGGAUGCCCAACUCCUGGCUUCUGCCACGGAAAUCGUCACCAAGAGAAUCUUCAACCCGAUGAACUGGGAGCAUGGUGAGAUGGACUGGUGGCAGAAGCUCAACGUGAUCAUCGCGGCGCAUGGCACGAAGCCGGGGUUCGACUCGGAGGCAGCUCACAACACGCAUGUGUCUACCGGCACACUCACAUUGCUGAACCGGCCUUCCAAUCUAAGCGACGAGGCCGUUCUUGUGCCUCAGAUGGGAGGCGUCGCUCCGCUCUAUGGCUGCAUCGGCAUCAUCAUCGCCUCACCGCAAGCCGUCUGGACUGGACACAUUUGGGAAGUGCCCUCAUUCACCGUGGGGAUCGGCUUGCCCAGCCAGGAGAAGCUCGGCGAAAAAUUUCCCGGAUCCCUACCUGGCUACUACGAAGAAGGUGUCGCCAAUUUCCUCCAGGACGUGGACGGGGCGGCACAGCGUUCUGGGCUUGCGGGAUAUGUCGCGCCAGGAGGUCCACUGAGUCCUGUAGAUCAGGAUUGGAUCUACAUCGGCAUCGCUGCACCGGCGGAAAACCAAGUACGGACGGAGGAUGGCGACAGGAUCGAGCCAGAGUUUCUUCCGUACAUCCAAGACGCCAUAACCGGAGUCCAGCUUGAGCUCAGCAGGGCAGGGUUCGAGGACAAGAAUGCGUUCCACGUCUUACCCUACGAACGACACGACCCUCGGAACAUCACCAACCGACCUCCAUGGGAAAACCUUCUCUCCUGGCACUUCACGCCUGGCGACCAAGACGAGGUGGGCUACAAUGUGAACAAGGAAUCCGACCCGGAGAAGGCACGGGAGCUGGUGAUUCGGUUGGGCAAGAGAGCGGUGUUCUAUCAAGGUUGGUGCGGUUCCAGCGUGGCGCGAACGCAGGAGCCCAACCUGGACAUCAUCUGCGUCGACAAGAGGGGUCUCUGCGGCGGGACUUGCGAGCUCUGCCACCUAGCCACGGGCAGCUUGGACGGCCCAGACGACGACCCGAAGCCACAGCCUGACAUGUUCACGUGGAAGGUCGCCGACGACGUGUCCCAAGAUGCCGAAGAACACGCCGAAUGGUGGAACAUGAUGCGCGAGCACAUCGACGCCACAGGACCGGGCUACGGCCGCACGUCGGAGGACGACUCGUACCAUGACCGGUGGUCGACCAGCGCCUACUCGGACUUCCUGGCCCCGGCGGUCGGGGAACUGGGGGCCUGGCCCCGCGGCGGCGGCAUCCCACCCAUCGCGGGCUGCACUGCGAUCCUCGUCGCCUCCUCCCGCGGCGUAUGGGUGGCGCACCUGUGGGAGGUCCCCGGCUUCACCAAGGGCAACGGCACGGGCGAAAGCGAGGACAUCGAACGCAUGUUCCCCGACAGCCAAGAGAUGUACUUCCGCAAGAUGGUGACGGGGUUCCUCCGCAUCGGCACCAAGCAGGGGGGACGCACGAACCCGGGUCUCGAACGGCACGCCAACGAGUUCGACGGCGACAAGGAACAGUUCGUCCACGCCAUCAUCAUCACGCCCGAGGCCUUGGCCGGACGCGGGCGCAUGGCGUACCCGGACCAGGUGGAGGAGAUCAAGCGCGUCCUGCGCGAGACGAUCCGGAUCGCCGACGACGACCAGAUCCAGACGCAUGUGUACUUGCCGGCUCCGUCGCUUAGUGUCGAGAGGUACAUCGGGAGCCAGCUGGGGUUCCACGGCCUCACGUCUUGGCAGUACUCGCCGUCGCAUAACAUCACUGUCCGCGGCGAGACGCGGUAUGUCAGGAAGCUGCAGGUCCAGUUCAACGCGGUGCCCAUAUUCGAGCAGCACUGGUGCCUUGGGGGCGCGUUUGAGAUGCCCGCCGGUGGUGAUGGUGAUGAUCAGUUUGACGUGCCCGACAGUUGUCCUUCCACCAUGGUUCCUGCUACGGGGGAGAAGUGUGAGAAGGAUUCGGACUGCGAGAGUCAUGAGUGUGUUGCCGUUAAUGAGAAGCCGCGGUGUACGUUUAUCGGGUCUAAGGAGGGAGAGGACGAGAACCAGUCGAUCAAGCUGGAUCGAUGGUGUACUUGUGUGGAGGUAAAGGUCUGGGACGGGAAGGAAGAGGAUUGAGGUGGUUGACUCGGUAUAGGGGAUGGGUCGUGAUGUCGGAGAUGUGAUUUUAUCCCCCCCCCCCCCUUUUCUUUUUCUUUUUUUUUUUUU